UCUCAAUAAAUAAAAUAAAGAAUAAAAUCCCUUACCUAGCUUCCCGCCCGUACCGGAUGGCAAGUUUGAAACAUUCCGAAUCCUCACUAAAACUCACACACCAAAAUCUCACUUUCUGUUGGGUUUCUAAAAGCUCAUGAUCGAUUUUUAUCGCCAACAAAAAUAUUCCUACUUUUUUUAAAAGAUGGAAGAAUAUAUGGAGGAGUUUUUGAGGAAAAACUUCGAUGUAGAGCACAAGAAUCCGUCGGAAGAGGCUUUACAAAGAUGGAGAAGUGCGGUUUGGCUGGUCAAGAAUCCUCGCCGGAGAUUUCGUAUGGUCGCCGAUCUCGCUAAGCGUGCCGAGGCCGGCCGGAAGCGUCAGAGUGUACAGGAAAAAGUCAGAAUAGCUCUGUAUGUACAAAAGGCAGCAUUACAAUUCAUUGACGCUGUAAGCGUUAAACCGGAUUACAAGCCCUCUGAUGAAGUCAGAAAAGCUGGAUUUGAUAUUGAUCCAGAAGAGCUAGAACGCAUAAACCAGUCUCACGAUAUCAAAAAUUUGGAUACACAUCAAGGCAUAAAGGGAUUUGCAUCAAAACUGAAAGUGUCUCUCAACGAAGGAGUAGUUUCAAGCAAUGUACCAAAAAGACAAGAAAUUUAUGGAUAUAAUCGCGUUAAAGAGAAGCCCAUGAAACCAUUUUGGAUGUUUGUAUGGGAAGCACUUCAAGAUAUGACUCUUAUAAUUCUUAUGGUAUGUGCUGUGAUCUCUGUUGGUGUUGGUAUUGCUACGGAAGGGUGGCCUCAAGGUAUGUAUGAUGGAGUUGGAAUUAUACUUUGUAUACUCUUGGUUGUAAUGGUUACUGCAACCAGUGAUUACAAACAGUCAUUACAAUUCAAGGACUUAGACAGGGAAAAAAAGAAUAUUAUGAUUCAGGUGACGAGGGAUUCAAGCAGACAAAAGGUGUCAAUUUAUGAUCUAGUAGUUGGAGAUAUUGUGCAUUUGUCUAUUGGAGAUCAAGUUCCUGCAGACGGGCUUUUUAUAUCUGGUUAUAGUCUUACAAUUGAUGAAUCGAGUUUAUCAGGGGAGAGUGAGCCUGUUCAUGUGGACGAGAAAAAGCCUUUUCUUUUGUCAGGGACUAAAGUACAAGAUGGUUCUGGGAAAAUGCUGGUGACAGCGGUUGGUAUGAGAACUGAGUGGGGAAGAUUGAUGGUGACUUUAAGUGAUGGCGGAGACGAUGAGACUCCUCUGCAAGUGAAACUCAAUGGUGUUGCCACCAUUAUUGGGAAAAUUGGGCUGGCUUUUGCUGUUCUGACAUUUUUGGUCAUGACCACAAGAUUUAUUGUCGUCAAGGCGCUUGAUAAUGAGAUAUCCAGAUGGUCUGUGUCUGAUGCUUUGACUCUGUUGAAUUUCUUUGCAAUCGCGGUGACAAUACUUGUAGUAGCAGUUCCAGAAGGUUUACCACUAGCAGUGACACUAAGUUUGGCCUUUGCAAUGCAGAAGUUGAUGAAUGACAAGGCGCUGGUUAGGCAUCUUUCUGCGUGUGAGACAAUGGGUUCUGCUAGCUGCAUUUGUACCGAUAAAACUGGAACCUUGACUACGAACCAUAUGGAGGUUACAAAAAUUUGGAUAUGCAAUGAAGCUAAGGGGAUAGGUGGUGGAGACAAUACUGGAAGUGCAUUGAAGAAUUCGAUAUCUGAGAACUUAUUAAGUACCCUUCUGCAUUCUAUAUUUCACAAUACUAAUUCAGAGGUUGUGAAAGAUAAAAAUGGUAAGAUAAAUAUCAUGGGGUCUCCAACAGAAUCAGCUCUGUUAGAAUUUGCAUUGCUUUUUCGAGGUGAUUAUAUGUCACAGUGCCAAAAGCUCAAUAUUGUGAAAGUUGAGCCUUUCAAUUCUGUCAAGAAAAAGAUGUCAGUGGUUGUUGCUCUUCCAGGCGGUGGGCAUAGAGCAUUUUGUAAAGGGGCAUCAGAAAUAAUUCUGGGAAUGUGUGAUAAAAUUGUUAACAAAGAUGGUGAAUCGGAGCAUUUAUCUGAAGAACAGCGUAAGAACAUAACAGAUGUGAUCAACGGUUUUGCUUCUGAGGCUCUCAGAACUCUUUGUUUGGCUUUCCAGGACAUGAGAACUUCAAGGUCUAAUGAGGAUCAUAUUCCAGAAAGUAACUAUACACUUAUUGCAGUAGUUGGAAUUAAAGAUCCGGUUCGCCCAGGGGUAAGGGAAGCUGUAAGAACUUGCUUACGUGCUGGAAUCAAGGUUCGGAUGGUAACUGGUGAUAAUAUUCAUACUGCUAAGGCCAUUGCUAGAGAAUGCGGUAUUUUGACAGAUGAUGGUGUGGCUAUUGAAGGACCAAACUUUCGGGAUAAAAGUGUCCAGGAGUUGGAGGACAUUAUACCUAAACUACAGGUAAUGGCGCGAUCAUUGCCACUGGACAAACACAAGUUAGUGAAAUUGUUGAGAAAUGAAUUCCAGGAAGUUGUGGCAGUGACUGGUGAUGGCACGAACGAUGCUCCUGCUUUACACGAGGCGGAUAUUGGAUUGGCUAUGGGCAUUGCAGGAACAGAGGUGGCAAAAGAAAAUUCCGAUAUAGUGGUCAUGGAUGAUAAUUUCAAGACUAUAGUGACAGUGGCCAAAUGGGGCAGAUCAGUUUACAUCAACAUUCAGAAAUUUGUACAGUUCCAGUUAACUGUCAAUGUUGUCGCCCUCAUGACCAAUUUUGUUUCAGCUUGUGUAUCAGGAUCAGCUCCUCUCACGGCUGUGCAGUUACUUUGGGUAAACAUGAUUAUGGACACUCUUGGUGCCUUAGCACUUGCCACAGAACCUCCAACUGACGAGCUGAUGCAGAGGCCCCCUGUUAGCAGGAAUACGAACUUCAUAACUCACAUUAUGUGGAGGAACAUCAUUGGCCAAAGCAUUUACCAGCUUAUUGUUCUUGGCAUUCUUCAGUUUAGCGGGAAGAACCUCUUUCACCUCCAUGGCUCUGAUUCUGUCUCUGUUCUCAACACACUGAUAUUCAACACUUUCGUGUUUUGCCAGGUUUUUAAUGAAAUCAACAGCAGGGACAUGGAGAAGAUAAAUAUAUUUCGAGGGAUGUUUGACAGUUGGGUGUUCAUGAUGGUAAUGGUGUCCACAGUGACAUUUCAAGUAAUCAUCGUGGAAUUCUUAGGCACAUUUGCAGAAACUGUGGCACUGAGUAAAGAAUUAUGGAUAGCCAGUGUCGCGAUGGGAGCAAUAAGCUUACCUAUCGGAGCUCUUCUCAAAUUAAUCCCUGUUUCAUCCCACAAGCAUCCCCAGCAACAUGAUGGCUAUGAACAACUGCCAAGCGGUCCUGAUCUUGCAUGAAAUACAGAAAUUGCUAAUAACCUCAAACAUUUUUGCAGGCAUUUCAUUUACAAGAAUGAUAUAUAUGCUGAAAGUUUCAACAAUUUCACAAAAUUUAUUCAGCGCAGCUACACUAGAGACUUAUAUAGGAUUUCCCUACGAUUUCAUCAUGGAUGAUUCAUUAUUUCAGUAGCUAACUUCGAAUAUCAAGCAAGGGCUAGUCAGGCA